UAUCAAAUCCACUCAGAAUAUACCGCGAAAAAUUAGAACCCCUAAAAGCAAGCAGUCAAAAUGUCAUACUAUCCAAAAGGUCACCAUUACGAAUCCGGCGAUGACGUCGAUGACUUCGACGACUACGAUUCAACUCCAUACGACGGUGGAUACGACAUCGCCCUCACUUACGGCCGUCCUCUUCCACCGUCGGAGGAGAUCUGCUAUGCUUCCACUUCAACCUCUUCAGGUGGUUUUGAUUAUGAAGGAUCUAAUUACUCUUCUCAUGCUGAGCCAUCUGCUUAUGGAGAAGAAGCUCAGGAUAAUGAGUAUAAGAGUUAUGUGAGAGCUAAGCCACGUCCUGGUCAUGGAUAUGGAGCUCCUGCUGCUGCUGCUGCUGGUGGUGGUUAUGGACGGCGUCCGGAGGAGCCGAGUUCGGAGUAUGGAUCUGAAUAUGGACGGAAACAGGAGGUUCCGGAAUCUCGAUAUGGAUCUGGUGGUGGUGGUUAUGGACGAAAACAGGAGGAUCCGGAAUCUGAAUACGGAUCUGGUGGUGGUGGAUAUGGACGGAAACAUGAGGAUCCGGAAUCUGAAUACGGAUCUGGUGGUGGUGGAUAUGGACGGAAACAUGAGGAUCCGAAGCCGGAAUAUGGAUCCGGAUAUGGAAGGAGGCAGGAGGAACCGGAUUCUGAAUACGGAUCUGGAUAUGGCCGGAAACAUGAGGAUCCGACUCCGGAAUAUGGAUCUGGAUAUGGUCGUAGGCAGGAAGAACCGGGAUAUGGUCGUAGGCAGGAGGAACAGACACAGGAAUAUGGUUCUGAAUAUGGACGUAGGCAGGAGGAACCGGUUUCGGAGUAUGGAUCGGGUUAUGGCCGUCGGCAGGAGGAACCGGUUUCUGAGUAUGGAUCGGGUUACGGCCGUAGGCAGGAAGAACCGGUUUCGGAGUAUGGAUCUGGAUAUGAGAGGAGGAGUGAGGAAGAAUAUCCAAAACCUAGUUACGGAAGGCGAGAUGACGAUGAAAAUGAAGGUUAUGGUGGUCGUAAGAAACAUGGAGAUGAUGGUUCUGAUGAUGAUGACGAUGAUGAGAAAAAGCGUAGGCACCACCACCACCACCGCAAGCAUUACGAUGAUUGAGAGGAAGCUUGGUUUGUCGGGUUCAUUCUUUCUCCAUACCAUUAUGUUGAAUAAAGGAGUGGCAAUUGGAAUGUGUGAUGUUUCCAUGUGUUGCCAUUACAAACAACUGGUUUUUGUCUUUAAUGUUGUGUGAAAAUCUUCCUUGCAUUGUGUGCAAAGUGUCUGUUUUGGUUUGUGUUUUGUGGUUUGUAUUAAUAAAUGUCCCAAACAUUUCAGGUUUCUGAUCAUCAGAAGUAUGAUUUCAAUCUUUUGUAUCUUCUCAUCUUUUAAUACACAAUCAAUGGUUUCUGGUC